GUGAAAUUCACAACUAAGUCCUUUAUCGGCCUUGAUGUUGUGAACUCUAUUCAGCUUCUCGGUCCUGAAUAUGAACUCUUGAAGAAGAAGUAUCUGGAUGAAUCUUCUGAGCGAAAACGACUUCACAAGUGCAAUACGAUUGUCUUCACGACGUUUCAUAUCCACAUGGUUACGUUCACGCUUCAUCUUCUACUACUUCUGAUUCAUCUCAACCCAAAGAACCUGCUAAGAAGUUCCCGUUUACACUUGAUCCCUUUCAAUCUCAAGCUAUUAGUUGUCUUUAAAAUUCUGAAUCCGUUAUGGUAUCUGCACAUACAUCUGCUGGGAAAACUGUUGUGGCUUUAUAUGCAAUUGCUAUGUCGCUUCGAGAUGGUCAACGUGUUAUCUAUACUUCUCCUAUCAAGUCACUUAGUAACCAGAAGUAUAGAGAAUUUAAAGAAGAGUUUUCUGAUGUUAGUUUGAUGACUGGUGAUGUUACCAUUGAUCCCAAUGCUUCUUGCUUGGUGAUGACUACUGAAAUCUGGCGAAGUAUGCAAUACAAAGGGUCUGAGGUCACUAGGGAGGUGGCUUGGAUCAUUUUUGACGAGGUGCAUUACAUGCGCGAUCGAGAAAGAGGUGUGGUUUGGGAAGAGAGCAUUGUCAUGUCGCCAAAGAAUGCUCGUUUUGUCUUCCUGUCUGCUACUGUCCCUAAUGCCAAGGAAUUUGCUGAUUGGGUGGCAAAGGUGCACCAACAGCCUUGUCAUAUUGUUUAUACAGAUUACCGGCCAACUCCCCUUCAACAUUAUAUUUCUCCUUCCGGAAGCGAGGGUCUAUACUUAGUGGUAGAUGAAAAGGGAAAGUUUCGCGAAGACAGUUUUCAUAAAGCUUUGAAUGCUCUUGUUCCCGCUGCUGAUGGUGAUAGGAAAAAAAGAAAAUGCGAAGUGGCAAAAAGGUCUGGUGCUAGGCAAGGCAGUUGAAGAAAGCGA